CCUAUCUGGUUACUCUCGAAAGGCCGAAAGGAGGAAGCUAAGAACGCUCUACUUCAAAUCCGUGGCCUUCAUGAAGAAACGAAGUUUAGUGGAGAGUUUGUGUUUAUAGCUUACACUGUCGAUAUAAUCACCAGAAUCAAUAUUACAAUAGAUUCUUUCUUGAUCACCGUCGUAAUAGGAAUUAUCCAAGUGAUAGUCAACAUAAUCACCACAAGCUGCAGCAAGAAAAUUGGUCGCCGAUUGAUUUCGAUUGUCUCUGGUGCUGGUAUGUCAAUCUCUUUGGGCGCUUUAGCACUGUACCUGCAAUUUUUUGAAGAAACUGGCGUUGCAGUUGUACCCCUCGUUUGCAUCCUUCUCUAUGUGGCAUUUGCAUCAUUUGGAUUUUUUUCGAUUCCUUGGUCAAUGAUUCCGGAAUUGUAUCCCACCAGAUAUAUAAACGUUCUUGCGAUGCUUACCGUCAUCUUGGCUUUUUUGUGUGAUUACAUUUCCACACAGUUGUAUCCAUUAAUGAUAAGAACUGACAGAAAU